CAGCAGGUUUCGCGCACAGGCCCCUCAGAAGCUUGGUCCUGGCCGCUCCCUGUAGCUGCUGGUUGCUAUGGUCGGCGCGUCCCUUAGCAACCGGUAGGGAGAUUAGCUUCUUCGCUGCCGUCGCUGCCUCCGAACUGCAUCCACCCAGAUUUCCGUUACCGGGGCUGCCCAUGGCCUCCGCCGCCAGCGUCUUCCUCCUCAACGUGACCGGACAGAUAGAGAGCGCCGAGUUUCCGGAGUUCGAUGACCUGUACUGCAAGUACUGCUUCGUCUAUGGGCACGACUGGGCACCGACCUCUGGGGUGGAAGAAGGAAUAUCUCAGAUUGCCUCUAGGAACAGAAGUAUAAAGAAAAGCGUUGUGUGGAACUUUCCUAUUGAGAUCACGUUUAAAAGCACCAACCCAUUUGGCUGGCCUCAGAUUGUGGUCAGUGUCUACGGCCCUGAUGUCUUUGGGAACGAUGUGGUUCGGGGUUACGGAGCUGUCCACCUCCCCUUCACACCAGGAAGACAUAAAAAAACCAUCCCCAUGUUUGUUCCAGAAUCAUCGUCCAGACUUCAGAAGUUCACCAGUUGGUUGACGGGUCGGCGUCCAGAAUUCACAGACCCAAAGGUUGUGGCUCAAGGGGACGGAAGAGAAGUCACCAGAGUCCGGUCACAAGGAUUCCUGACCCUUUCCUUCAACGUGGCCACAAAGGAUCUGAAGAAACUUGGCUACACCAGCAGCUCCAGCGACCUUCCAAAUUCAGAAAUCACAUUCAAUCCAUAAAGAAUAUGCGGGGCUGAGCGUGGUCAGGCCUGCGGCUUCUGACCCCGUCGCCCUGUGCUGUGUGGGAGUCUAUUUAAUAUUCUGUGCCGUGCGCAAAGCAUCGAUUUGAAGAAGAAAAAGUCUUAAGAGUCAGAUGAGAAGAGGAAAUCUUGCUGUUAGGCAUAUAAAUUGCGCGUUUCAAACUUGAGAAUCAAAUCAGACUCCCAGUGUGGGGCUGUAUGUUUUCACUUUUGCAAAGUCCUGAGUAGGUAUAUUUAAUGAGAAGAUUUCUUCGCCAUCAGCGGCUCACACUGUCCCCGUAUGUGAAUGUGUGUGGUUAUGUCACGUUGCGUGUGUAUGACCGCAGGUUCUCCCUCCUAUACAAUUAGGAAUCUUGCACUAUGGUAAAUCCAUGUUGAGCUGAGGGGAAGGGGACUUAGAUUUGUGGGGACAUGGGUUACCAAUGCUGUAUUAUAAAUUGCUGUUUUAAAAUAUUCCUGCCCAGGAUCUUCUGUAUGCAGAAAAUAAUUUCCCUGAAUCCAACAGCCCUUGGCAUGGAGCACUGUCCUGAGGUAAAUGUGCGCCCUUUGCUAAAUCUCUAAAUGACGGCCACACAGAGCUUUGAAUAUCGGGUGAUUAUGCUCUUUAUAAGUUGAACAUGAUGGAUGGCUUUGCAGCAGAUUUGGCUGAGCUCCGCAGUUACUUUGCCAGUGCGGCUGUCCCUGUGUGUCCGUAUUGUGGUGCCAAGACCUCAGGUUUAAUUGGCCUUUGCAGCCUAAUGCUGCUUUGUGUUAACCAGUCACUGCAUAGCCUCAAGUAAUGAAUUAAUAACCCACUAAUUAAUUACUGCAGUGCUUGGGGAAGAGAGAGCUGCAUAAUACUUUUGUUUUCUUAUAUCUUUCAAACCAGAAUAGUAAUGAGAGAUGUUGAACACUACAACUCCCAGAAUGCUUUGCCGUUAACAACAUGCAAGUCCAAACUAGUUGAAAAGGACAAGGAAGGCCUUGGUCAUAAGUCUUAGAAAGCACCUGUUUCCUACCCACAGUGUUGGCGGCCAUUUUGCGAGCUGAACCAGUAUUUAGCAGUAGAUACAAUGGGGGAGAUUCAAUUGUUAGAAAAGUCAGUUGGGUGUCUGUUUAUUCCUAUCUAAUAGACAUCCAACCGACUUUUCAAACAUUUGAAUUCCCCCCAUUGUUUCAGUUCAAUAGGGACCAAUGACAUCACUGGGGAUUGCCGUGCUGCAUUGAGUUUGCCAAUUGCAUUCUUCUGAUUAUUGAUCCAGUUCAUUGAAGAUAUUUCAGUUUAUUAGUACAAUAUGCUUUAUUUGUAUAUUUUGUUUAGAUCUUUGGUUUGCUUAAAUUGGACAGCUGGGACAAGGCAAUAACUUGUGUUUUCCAUACUGGUAUAUAAUUUUUAUCUUAAUGCUGGCAAUCAUAUGUAUGAAAAUUAAUUCUUUUUCUAUUUUAUAUAUAAUUUUAUGCUGUUUUACUAUGGAAAUUGUUUUUCUAUAUGUAAAUGAGAUGUUUUGU